CAAAGCUGCAGCUGACUCAGAAUUCUCCAUUGUUGGCGUGACAAAUUCUGUAGCCUCCUCCAUUAUGCCUAAUAAUAAUAAUCAAGGUACACUUGAUGGCGGCGAAAAAGGUGGCUCUACCAUGGAACUAACGAGUUCUGAGAACUCACAUGACUCGAUGUCUGUCGAUGAUGCAAAAAUACAUACUCCUACUAAUAAGGGCACUGGUGCAAACAUAGACGUCCCCAACGUUGGCUGUAAGGCUGAGCCAAGCAGCAAGGAGAAUGCCGAAAGUACUGACGGCAAUAAAAUUGGCAAGUCCAACUCUUCCAAGUCUCCGUCAUCUACGUCGUCCUCUCAAACACCUCAACCACAGACCACCACCAACAACAAAAAGCGAACUCGUGCCACCCCCGAGCAACUCGCUAUUUUGGAAGAUACAUUCAAAACCAACACCUCACCGAACAGUAAAGUUCGAGAAGCGUUGGCCGAAAAAGUAAAUAUGUCUGAACGUUCCAUUCAGAUUUGGUUCCAGAAUCGUCGCGCCAAAAUGAAGGCCAUGCAAAAACGAGCUCAUCUGAUGAUCAAUCAAGACGCGAUGGGUCAUUUCAUGACCUGUAUGCCUAACUACGGACCUUAUCCUUUCCGUAUGCCGAUUCAUCCACAACGCAUUCCUCUUCCCAGGUCUUACAGCGCCAGUGAUCUCACUCCAACACUAAAUAACGUGGCUCUGGCCGGAAUGAGGCCUCAACCGAAUUCCGGUCUGGGCAUCACAGUACCUCAGGUUCCUCAAGGAUUCUGGCCCUCUGGUCCGUUAACCGCUCCAAUUACAUCCUUGGGAGGUGGCGAUUCGAGUCACCUGAUGAAUGGAUUCCCUUUUUCGGCCAAUCCUAUUGUCAACCCACAACAGCAAGCUCCAAGGUUUCCAAUUUCCCCCAACGCUA